AUGGCCACCAGCCACGGGCACGAAGACGAAAGCGAGAACAGGGACGAGACUCACGCUGAGAUGGGACCUGAAAGCAAUGGUGAUAGCAAUACCAAAACCGACACCAACUUUGACGGCAACACGGUCGGACAAGUCUCUGGCUUGCACUCGCACUCGGCGCCAAUCUUCAUAUCAGGAAAUGAAGCCGCCAAAGCCUCUGGCAUCUCUGGCGAGUUCGUACAACGAGGCUCAGAGACUGGUGAGUCGCGUGACAGAAUGAUCGACCACAGCCAUAACCACACCAACACCAACAGGAACAGAGACAGCGUCGACAAGAACCUUCAAAUGUCCUUUGACAUCACGCGUACCACUGGGGCCGAGACAGACACGCAGACCGAGACCGAGACCAAGACCGACCCCAAUGUGACGAAUGGACCAGGUCCGGCAAUCGACGCGGUGUCAUCUUCAUCUCCAUCUUGUGAGAGUACAUCUCCACUUCCAUCUCCACUUCCAUCUUUACCCUACAUCGGAGCAGGGCCUCGGGACACAGACACGCCUCGGCUUGCAGCUACAAUCGACACAUCUUCUUACACCACAAACACAACUUCAUACUUAUCUGCCAUUGAGUCGUCUCCUCAGAACGGAAACACAGCCUCAUAUUUGUCGGCCGUCGACUCGGCUUCUGGCAACGACAACAGCGGCAGCGGCGGCGGCCGCGCCUGCGAGGGUACCACCAAAACAAGACGUCCCCGCCGCACGACGUUGGGAAAGCUGGAACAGAGCGUCAAGGUCACCUUGGAAAACGAGUGCGCGAGAGCUGAGCUCGAGGAGGCGGGGAUUCAUGUCGUGGAUUUUGCGACAGGGUAUGCUACCAAGCGCGCCCCACCCACUCACUCGACAUGCCGUUGUGACUGA